AACCCACAGGAAGACGGAAGCAAAUGCCGAACGCUUGCAAACUCAUCGCUUGAAUCACUGAGGAGGGUACAAGGGCAUGAGCCAAGAGCUCGGGACUAUGACUUCUGUGGAUAGCUCAUAAACCCGUCAGUGUGUUACCUCUUUACGUCCACUCAGCCUUACUGUAAAUCUUACAUAAACGCUUGACGCCUUUUCAUCCACACAGACGGGAACAGAAUGGCAUCGAUUUUGCUCACCAGAUCUCGGACUCCUUUACUGAAAACAUCUAGGUCAUUAAAGAACGAAUUCAGAAAAGGAAAGUUAUCAGAAAGCACAUGCUUUAACUGCACUGCACUGCGGUUAGCCACAAGCAGUCCUGGUGUUCUUGGAGGCAGUGUCUGGCCUCAUGCAUCAUCUGUCCUGUACCUUGACAAUUCAUCAGCACUUCAGCGCCGCUUGUCCAGGUCACCUCGUCUGUACUGUGCCAUCUUAGUACCUGACCCUGCCCUGCCUAUCAACACCCACUCCACGUACCCCAGGACGCUAGCCUGGCCACAGAACACCCCAGUCCGGUGGGUACAUACUACAGGCCGUCUCCAUGAUGAUUCGAAGGUAGAGCGUUCUUUACGUUCACUGAAGGAUCGGAAUAAAAAGCUCGAGGAGGGUGGUCCGGUGUACAGCCCGACGGUAGAUGCCGAACCUGUGAGACGGACAAUACGUCAACGUGUGAUUGAUGAGGUGAAGCAUUACUAUCACGGGUUCCGCCUACUAUGGAUGGAUACGACUAUUACGGUGCGGAUGCUCUGGAGGGUGCUGAAUGGACACAUUCUGUCACGCCGAGAGAGGAGACAGUUCCUGAGGACGUGUGCAGAUGUCUUCCGGCUUCUGCCCUUUCUGGUCUUUAUCAUCGUUCCAUUUAUGGAGUUUCUGCUUCCUGUUGCACUGAAACUUUUCCCUAACAUGUUGCCUUCCACCUUUGAGACACAGUCCAAAAAGGAGGAAAGACUAAAGAAGGAGCUGAGAGUGAAGUUAGAGAUGGCCAAGUUCUUGCAGGACACAGUCGAGGAGAUUGCACUAAGAAACAAAGCAGCCAAAGGCAACGUGACCGAGGAGUUCUCCACUUUCUUUCAGAAGAUCCGUGACUCAGGAGAGAGACCCAGUAAUGAGCAGAUCAUACGUUUCUCUAAGCUGUUUGAAGAUGAACUGACCUUAGAUAACCUGACACGGCCGCAGCUGGUGGCUCUGUGCAAGCUUCUGGAGCUGCAGUCCAUCGGCACCAACAAUUUCUUGCGCUUUCAGCUCAUCAUGAAACUCCGAGCCAUCCGUGCAGACGACAAGCUGAUAGCAGAGGAAGGAGUGGACAGUCUGAAUGUGAAUGAGCUGCAGGCAGCAUGUCGUGUGAGAGGGAUGAGAGCUCUGGGUGUGACGGAGGAGAGACUCAGAGAGCAGCUUAAACAGUGGUUGGAGCUUCACCUCAAUCUGCACAUCCCCACAUCUCUGCUGCUGCUGUCCCGAGCUAUGUUCCUGCCAGACACACUGUCCCCUGCGGACCAGCUUAAAACCACACUACAGAACCUGCCAGAGAUUAUGACUAAAGAGGCGCAGGUGAAGGUGGCAGAGCUGGACUUCUCUAAAGUGGAUAACAAAACCAAGCUGGAGGCCACACUACAGGAAGAGGCAGCUAUCCGGCUGGAAAACAGAGAGCGGGACCUGGAGAGACUGGCUGAUGCUGCAGAGAAAGAAAAGGAACAGGCCGCGCGGGAGGCUGAGGUGGUGGAGUUGGAAGCAGAACGACGGGAGGAUGCAGAGCAUGCUCUCUCCAGUGUAGAUGUGGCCAUCCAUUCAGAAACACUACGAGAUACUGCACCAGUGCUGGAGUGUAUUAAGUUCAAGCAGUGGCAGAGGUAUCUGCGCAUUCAGGGGGAGGAGAUCACUAAGGAAGAGAUUGACAUGCUGAGUGACGCCUGCACCAAACUGAAGGGGCAGAAGAAUCUCCUCACCAAAGAGAAAGAGGAGCUGGAGGACCUGAAGGAUGAUGUGCAGGAGUACAGCGAGGACCUGGAGGAGAUCAAGCGAGAGCUGUCCAAAACAGGACAGGAGAAAGUGGUGGAGGAGUCUAAAGCAAGCCAACGUCUGUCGAAGCGGGUCAACCGCAUGAUUAGCAGAAUGGAUAAGAUCGUCACUGAGCUGGAGAAGGACAAGAUGGUGCUGGAUGGACAGAUGGACAGUGGGACCACACCACCAAUUGGAUUGUUCUUUGAGAAACAUAGUGACUUGCCAAGUCUGUUCCUGUCCUACAGGGAGAAUCUGAUAAGCAUAAACGAGCUCAUUGCAGUCAUGAAGCAGAUCCAGAACAUCCCUGAACACAAGCUGCUCAGCAUCGCAGACGCACUCGAUGAAAACAAAGAUGGCAAGAUAGACAUUGAUGACGUCUUAAAGGUGGUAGAGCUGAUCGAUAAGGAGGACAUCGAUAUCUCCACCAACCAGGUGGCAGAGAUCAUGGUGAUGCUACAGAAGGAGGAGAAGCUGGUAGAGAAAGAGAAAGCCAAGGAGAAGGUCGAGAAGGAGCAGGCAGCUAAAAUCCAAAACUAGACUUUCCGUGUAGGGAAUGGAAAAGAUCCUGAAGCUUUUGAAGAUUUUCAGGUUCAUUAAUAUGUGUUAAGAAGCUUCAGAGUGAGACUGAAAACAGUGCUGACCUCCCAUAUAGAUUCAUGUGUGUGUAUAUUUAGAACAAAGAAAGAACAUAGAACAAACUUUGCUUUGUUCAAGGAAGACUGUUGUAUAAUGAAUGAAUUAAGACGUUUAUUUAUUAAUAACAUUACAAAAGGCAUGCACUACGGAGCCCUACACAUGACAUACAGAAAACAAUAGAAAUUAAAACUUCGUUCCCUUGUUUUAUGUAAAUAAUCCCCACAGUUUAACUAAAUUACAAUUUAACUAAGAAGGAACAAAUUAAGUCGUGUGAAUGAAUUGUUAAUUCAUGGCCAUCAUAUCGUUUAUUAGUCAUGUGUGAGGCACCGAAAAUUCAGAGAUAAAUUUUGAAAGAAAAUUUGUUCAUUUAUUUUCAAAAAGACCCUCUUAAAGGUGAAGUGUGUCAUUUCUGGCACAAAACGGACUGUUUUGUUGAGCUGGACAUUAUAACAUCAGCUCAACUAAUAGCAUGAGUUUGGGGUGGAACUAUCUUUGUGUAACAGAAAUUGCGCACUUCAGCUGUAAGAUGCAAAAAUGUAUUAACUUCAUUAUUCUCAUAAUCUUAUAGCGAUGUCAUUUCCUGUGAUCUGAGAACAUCUCCUCUCCUUGCACAUCACAUCACACCGGUCAGCAUCAUUCCACUACUCAUUCUGUUGUAGUUUUAUUUAUUUUCAGUUCACAAUCUUUGAGAUUCUUGAAUGUCGCUCAGAAGAUGUUGAUAUCACACUCAUGUUUAUUCAAUAACCAAAGAAGCUUUGUUGCAGAUGUUAUGCUUCAUUUAUACUUGUACAUUCACAUUCAAGCCACCAAGCACUGCGGCUUUGUAUCACAGCAAAAGUCUAAAGUAGUAUUGGGACGUAUCCCUUCAGCACUUGAGCUUUAUUCAGGGCAGAAGCUUUUGCACGGACUUGAAGAUGGUGGCUGAGACAAAUUCAGUUUUUGAUGUUUUUUUUUAAUUUAUUUAGCUCCUAUCUUGAAUUGAUUUCAGCAUCACAUUUACAUUGUGGCCUUCAGUAAUCAAAAUCCCUUGUCCAAAGUAAACUCGAGGGAUUAACUUGAGAUAAUAUUGCUGUAUAAAUAUGUAACAGUUCAUCAUUGCUAGUUUUUGCAUUGUAUACUAGCAGUAAAUAUCCAUCUCUGUUAGUUAGCUUGGGCUAAUGAUAGAUGAAGUGUGUUUGUGGAUGUUUGUAUGUGCUGGGAACCCAAAAGGGAAAAGAUGGAGGUCAGUGCAGACAGAAUCAGGGUACGGCUCAGCCUACAGUCUUUAUGUGACCUGGAUCAUCCCUCUCUCCUUACAUGGAGAGAGCAGCAGCAGUUGUUCUCGUAGCAGAGCACCUACAGUAACUGGAAUGUGUCGAUCAGCAUGAGACUCGCACACUAGACUAGCAUAGUUUCACAGGGCACAUAAGGCAGGGAAUACAUCAUCUUAACCCUAAGCAUGUCAUAGUGCGGGACCAGCAUGUCUAACCUCAAAACACUGUUUUUGUGCUGUGUCUCAGACAGAGAGUCUGGGUGCCUAUUUCACAUUGUGUCCCUUAAAAGGAUAGUUCACCCAGAAAUGAAAAUUCGGUCAUUAUUUGUUCACCCUCAUGUAUGAUUUUUUUUUAUUACAUAGAACACAGAAUUAGAUGUUUAACAGAAUGUUCAUGCUGCUCUUUUCCAUUCAAGAGAAAGAAGUCAUAAAUGUUUAUAACCACAUGAGGGUGAGUAAAUUUUGACAGAAUUUAAAUUUUUGGGUGAAUUGUUGGUAACUUACCUAGAGGCCCCUAACUACAGAACGGCAUUUAGGCCUUAAAAUAUUUUCAUGAAUUCGUAUUAAUAUACCGUAUGAUAGAAAAAGUCCUUGUUUGUGUUUUUUAGAGUAAGUAUUUUAUGCUGACGUGUAAUUGCACUAUAACUAUAGAGAGCUUUAUUUUUUUGCCCAUUUUUGGCGUGUUGAUCUAGACUCAGGAAGAUGCAUGUAAUGUCUGUUUGCACACCGAGAGAUAUUUUGAGAAAACGUACACUUGAAUUUUUAAAGUGGUAGAGGGGACGAAUUGUGAAUAUUGUGGAAAAGUAUAAAGAUACCUUGCUUAUUGUGUUUUGUUUUGCAAUUUUAAAUUGAGCUUUCAGAUUCAUUCAUAACAGAUGGUGCAUGUGCACAUAUAAGUGACCACAGAUGGAAGAGAGUAAAGAUAUUGAUGUAAUUGCCCUUUGAACCUAAUUUACUGCUUAAGCUAAUUGAAAUAUAU